AUGAUUCAUAAGAGUCCUACUCGAAGAUCAAUGUCGAGACCUAGUUAUCAGCAAGUUCCACAGAGUCCAGCAAUACGUAGCGGGAAACUAGUGUCGUCAGUGAAGCGGAAAAAUUCAGUGACACCUUUGUCAACGCCCAUAUCAGUGUCAUCGACGUCGAGGAAUCGACAUGCUUCACCUACUCGGUCGUCAAUGGUGUCAUCACCAACUCGAACAAGCUCUGCUUCGAGUAGUCGCGGGAAAGCGUCGGAUGGCAUGGUAAAUUUGGACUCUGUUUGGCAAAACGGAACUACCCAGCAAUAUCGUGGCACGAUUUCAGUAUCGAUUCGGGUAAAACCGUCCGAGUCAAGAGUAAAAAAUCCAUGGAAAAUAGGCCAAAAUCACACAAUUGCGCAUGAGGACCAUGGUGAGUUUGAGUUCGACCAUGUGUUUCACCCGGAUUCCAGCAAUUCGGAGGUUUACGAAGGGAUCGGAAAACCGCUUAUAGAUCGGUUAUUCGAAGGUUACAAUGGUAUAAUUUUUGCCUACGGAAUGACAGGGUCAGGCAAGACUUACACUAUGAGUGGAACAGCAGAAGAAUCUGGGCUUAUACUGCUUUCAGUGAGACAAAUUUACGAUCGCAUCAACAAUGAGCAACAAGACAAUACUUCACUCUCGGUCAAAGUCUCGUAUUUGGAGAUUUACAACGAAAAAAUCUAUGAUCUUUUGAACUACCCAGAUCACAGAACUGGAACUUCCGCUUUCGCUCCAAGAUCGUCUCAAGCAUCAUCUGCAGCUGAGCUGCAAAUAAGAGACGAUUCUAGGAACGGUGUACGGGUUGUUGGACUCACAGAGCAGCAAGUCCAUACAACAGAAGAACUAAUGAAGGUUAUUUCUGUUGGUAACAGCAACCGCCGUACUGGCGAAACCGACUAUAAUGCCAGAAGUUCGCGUUCUCAUACAAUUGUGUCAAUUACCCUUACACGCACCAAUAUAAUAGACGGGCUAGACACCAGCAGUACACUUUCUCUAUGCGAUUUGGCUGGUUCCGAGAAAGCUGCUGGACAGCAAGAAAGACGCAAAGAGGGCGCAUUUAUUAAUAAAUCGCUAUUGGCAUUGGGGACCGUAAUUUCAAAACUAAGUGCCGGUUGCACACAUCCAAACUCACAUUUUGGGACCAGCCAUAUUCCUUAUCGGGAUUCGAAGCUGACGAGAAUUUUGCAACCUGCGUUGUCUGGCGAUAGCAUUGUUACAACUAUUUGCACUAUUGACACCAAGUUAGAUUCCGUAUCCGAGACCGUGAAUACAAUUCGUUUCGCAACGCGAGCCAAAGAUGUUUCGAUGACUGUGCGAAGAAACGAAGCAGAGUCCAACAAUGAUAAGGACAAACUUGUCAACGAUCUCAAGCGGCAAAUCGAUGAACAACAAGAAAUUAUUUGGGAUUUGAGACGACAGUCAGGUACCAACGACAUUCCUACCACUACAGCGCACCCACUGCGACACGAAAACGAGACGUUGAAAACGAAACUUCAGCACUGUGAGCGAUUACUGGAUAAAGACGAUACGCCUGUACAGGACGAAAGUUUUCUGGAAAUUGUUGAAAUGUUGCCUGCUGCAAUUGGGGCCGUACUGGAGACCAAGAUUCAAGGCCUGGAAUCCAAGCUGCGUGAGCACCGAGCUUAUAAUACGCUUCUGGAGCGCAAGUUAAAGGAGGCUGAACAACGGCUGGUUGUCGAAGAGGCAGAGGAGGACCCUAUGGUGCGGGAGUUGUUGAAAGAGCAAGAAGAUGAAAUUUUCGAGUUACGUCGGGCGCUGACUCGCAAGAACAAGAUGCUGGAGGCGUUACAAAGUGCGAAGCGACUUCGCGAAGGUGCAUUGAGACCGCUGAACUACGAAAACAGGAACUUUGAGGCCUCUACUGGGAGGAAAUAA